UCUGCGUCGUUUCCUUCGGAGCUGUCAGAUUCAGCUUGCCAUGCCGAAGGGAAUUUCUCGGGGCUACGAGCCAGGGCGCACACUACUGCUGCUUCCAACCACUGAGAUCGGUGUGAAGUACGCAGCACGAGCAGAAGAUGACUCCUUGCCCGCCGACGCGCGGCAAGCCUCGCGCUCGCUGAGCGAAGCGGAAGCAGCCUUGACCACCGAUGACCCGGAGCUUGCCGUCCGCCUGGCCAGAGAGUCGUUGGCCAUCUUCCGGAAGUCGGAGGCCUCAGCCGUCCCGGAGGCCCUGCGAAUUCUGAUGUGCGCGCUGGCCGACUUCGAAGACAGGAAGGAGGCGCUCUCCCUAGGCCAGGACCACCUGGCGGAGCUGCGGGCGGCGGCCCCGGUGGACCGCGCCGCGGAGGCCCUGGCGCUGCAGUCCCUGGCGGAGGUCGCCUCCUUCCGCUGCCGCGGGGAGCUGCGGACCCGGGCGGCGCGCUGGGCGGAGGAGGCGGUGGCCAUUCAGAAGGAGCUGGGCGACAAGAAGAUGGAGGCCUACGGAUACCUGGCCCUCGCCUCGGCCAUGACGCAGCAGGGCGUGAAGGCCCACCAGCGCAAGCACUACCAAAGGGCCGUGAAGGCCCUGAAGUCGGCGCUGGAGCUCUUCACCGCGCCGGAGACCUCCGAGUCCGAGUGCGCGGAGCUGGUGAUCCGCAGCGGCGAGGCGCGGGCGCUCCACGGCUUGGCCUCCGCCUGCGGGCGCCUGGAGGACUUCCGGAAAUCCGUGGCGCACGCACGCGAGGCAGCGGCGGUUUGGCAGCAGCUUGGGCUGAAGAAGGAGGAGGGACUGGAGCUGGAGUUCCUGGCGCGGCUGCAGCUGCAGCUGGGCCAAUUCAAGGAGGGCCGCAAGUCCGGGGAGGAGGCGCUCAAGAUCUUUAUUGGCUUGAAGAGCUCGAUCUGGCAGGGCGUGGCGCUGCGGACCCUGGUGAAGGCGCUCCUCCGCGGCAAGAAGAUCAAGGAGGCCCGGAAGCUGGUGAAUCGGAGAAUGGCCUUGUUCAAGGAGGCCAAGGACCAGGUAGGCAUCGCGGCGACCAUGGAUGCCACUGCGGAGGUGCUCAUGGCCGAGGGCGAUGCCGCAGGGGCGGCGGGCCAGCUGAAGGAAGCGGUGAAGCUGGCGAGGAACUUCGGCAUGAAGGAGCGUCAGUACAAGAAGUACGAGGCAACGCUCACUGCCGAGCAGGCCAACUUCUUUCUCCAAGGCCAGAAGUAUGAGGACUCGCUGCAGCACGCCAAGACAGCCUUCUUCCUCUUCGAGAAGCUGGACUGUCAAGUAGAGAUGGCUACGACUUUGAGCACCAUGGUGAUGUCGCUGCUGUGUACUGAGCGCGCAGAUGAAGCUCUGAAGGAGACCCAGCGGGCCAUCCAAAUCUAUGAGAAGUUGAACGACAAGAAGGGCGAGGGCCUUGCGUGGAUCAACCACUGCUCCGGCCUCACCAAAAUGGGCGACUUCGAGCAGGCCAUGAAGGUGGCGAACAAGGCCCGCGACAUCUUCGCUAGCCAGAAGCUGCUCAUAGGUGAAGGCCAAGCCCUGGAUCAUUUGUCCAGCCUGCACAUGACCAAGGGGGACUUCGGCAAGAGCGCGACCUGCGCGAAGCGGGCACGCCAGAUCUUCCACGAGGCCGCCUGCUUCCGGCAGGAGGCCUUCAUGAGCUGGGCUGAGGCGGAGGCGCUCUUCGGCUUCGCGCAGCUCCAGGACUUCAAGCCCGAUGAGGAGCUUCCUGAGAGCUGCCGAAAGGCCAGCGAGGCCGCGGAGGAGGCGCUGCGUUUGUCGCGGGAGGUGGACGACGAGAUCCUGGUGAUGCACGCCCAGCAGGUGGUCGCGAAGACGCGGAUCAUGUGCUUUAGGCAUUGGGAGGCCGAAGAGUUCAUCGAAGAGGCGCUGGAGGUUGCCAAGAGAACCAACCAGCGCAUGGAGGAGGCCUCGCUGGUGCUGCUGAAGGCGCAGGUCUGCAUUUGCGACGGGGAGGAUGCCAAAGCGCAGGAGGUGGCCAAGGAAGCUCACGCGAUCUUUGAAGAGCUGGGCAACGAGCAGGGUAUGGAGCAGGCCAGGGAGAUUAUCGAUGGGGACUACCUGAGGCAACAGAAGGAGCAGGAGGAGUACGGUGUGACUGCAGCCACGCCCAUGCCGAUGAUGCCUUCUGAAGCCCAAAUGUACGGCACGGGCGGCAUUGGCCCGCGCACUGGGGCGCCAGGUCCCGGGCCGGGCAUGCCGGGCAUGGCGCCGCCUCCUGCGGCGCCAGCCGCAUCGGCGGCGGCGCCGGCGGUGAAGCCGGCGGGGGGGCCGACGCUGGAGCAGAUCCAAGAGACGGUGGUGGACAUCGCCAUGUCGCUGGUGGGCACCGACGAGCUCGAAAUGGACUCGGCUUUGAUGGACGCCGGCCUUGACAGCUUGGCUUCCGUCGAGUUCACCAACACCAUCACCAAGGAGUUCCGAGGAGUGCCGAUGCCCUCGACACUGAUGUUCGAUUUCCCCACGGCAAAAGAGAUUGCGCAGCAUAUCAAGGACAACUUCCGCGGCUGAGAGCGGCGCGGGCGAUUCGGCAACGGAGCCUAGUGCUUCGUUUGUCUUCCACGUGAAGGACAUGGCAAGCUGCCAGGAUCCAUUCUGCUUCCGGCUGGGGCCUUGUGGUUUGUCGCAUGGGGAGGUGUUUUUUCUUGCAGAAAGCUCCAGAUGGAUGCAGAUGGCAGAACAUGCGCCUCCAACUCUUUGCGAGGCACUCCGGCUUCCGUUG